GCCUGCUCGGAGGAAGGAGGCAUUAAUACUUUGCCUUUCCACACAAGGGGAGGCACACGAAGAAGAACUCUGGCAGAUCUGCAUAAAUCAUGGGUGUGACCAGCAGAAGAUUCCGGGAUUGCAUAUUGCUGUUUGCUAUCAUUAGUUGGGGGUUCUUGUUCCUUGUGGAUGUGCAUGCUUGGACUUACCAUUAUGGGGAUAAAUCACAGCUGACCUGGGAAAAGGCAAGGACUUUUUGCCAGACCUCUUUUACUGACCUGGUAGCAAUUCAAAACAAAAAAGAAAUUGAAUAUCUCAAUGCUGUCCUACCCUAUCACCCGAACUACUACUGGAUUGGGAUCCGGAAGAUUAACAACACUUGGACCUGGGUGGGAACCGGCAAAAUUCUGACAAAGGAAGCGGAGAACUGGGCCGUGAAAGAGCCUAACAACAAAGGGAUGAAUCAGGACUGUGUUGAGAUUUACAUUAAAAGAAACAAGGAAGCUGGAAAGUGGAAUGAUGAACGUUGCACUAAAAUGAAGCGGGCACUCUGCUAUCAAGCUUCUUGUCAUCCCUCCUCUUGCAAUGAGCGGAGUGAGUGUGUGGAAACCAUUGGAAACUACACCUGUCAGUGUUAUCCGGGCUUUUUUGGGCCUCGGUGUGAACAUGUUGCAAAAUGCAGGGACCUGGAUGCUGUCCAUGGACCACUAGUCUUGAACUGUAGUCAUCCUCUGGGGAAGUUCAGUUACCGAUCGAACUGUGGCUUCAGCUGUGAUUAUGGAUUUCAACUGAGUGGCCCAGCCACCUUGCAGUGCUUGCCCUCUGGAAACUGGACAGCAGAAACACCACAGUGCAUAGCUGUCCAAUGCAAGCCAUUAAAUUUUCCUACCCAUGGAAACUUCAGUUGCUCUCACAUCCAUGGAGAGUUUCAGUACCAGUCCAGCUGCAAGUUUACAUGCGCAGAAGGCUUUCAGAUCAGUGGAGCAGAUACCACUGUAUGUGAAAAAUCAGGACAAUGGAGUUCCCUGGAGCCAACCUGCCAAGUCAGGGAGUGUCAGAGAAUUGAAUCACCUGCAAGAGGAACAAUCAAUUGCAUAAACCCAAUUGGUGACUUUGCUUACAACUCCACAUGUUAUUUUUCUUGUGAACCUGGGUUUGAGCUCCUUGGCUCCAAGACUUUGAGUUGCAAUGCAUCUGGACAGUGGACCUCCAGUACACCUGUCUGUCACGCUGUACAGUGUCAACGUCUUCUAGCUCCAGCUCAUGGAAAUAGCACCUGUUUCCAUCUCCAUGGAGAGUUUCAGUACCAGUCAAACUGCACUUUUCACUGUACUGAUGGUUUCCUGUUAAUUGGAGAAGAAGUGACUCAGUGUACGUCACAAGGAGAAUGGACAGCACCCGUCCCAUUUUGUCAAGCUAUUGAUUGCCCAAAGCUGGAUGCUCCUAGGAAUGGAGAAUUAAACUGCUCACAUCCGUACGGCAAUUUUGCAUAUACUUCCAGCUGUGCCUUCUCCUGCAGGAAGGGCUUUGUACAGGUUGGAGCGGAGCAGCUUCAGUGCACAGCCCUAGGAAUAUGGACAGAAAAAGCACCAUUUUGUGAAGCCAUGCAAUGCCAAGGUCUGCGGAGCCCUAAGGAAGGGAGGAUGAUCUGCUCUCAUCCAGCUGGAGAGUUUGCCUACCAAUCCAGCUGUGAGUUUGCCUGUGAGCCUGGAUUUGCCUUGGUGGGCACAAAGGCAACCCACUGCUUAGCAACUGGGAACUGGAGUGCUCCAUUGCCUACAUGCCAGGUUAUCGAGUGUUCAAAACUGGAUGCCCCUAAGAAUGGGGGAAUAAAUUGCUCUCAUCCAUAUGGAGACUUCGCCUAUAGCUCUAGCUGUGCCUUCGUCUGCCAUCAGGGCUUUGUCCAAGUUGGAGCUGAGCAGCUUCACUGCACUUCCCUGGGACUGUGGACUGAGAGACCACCCUUUUGCAAAGCUGCCAGGUGUCCAGCACUGCAUAAGCCUGACAAUGGCCAUUACAGCUGUUUCCACCCUCAUGCAAACUUUGCGUACGGCUCCAGCUGCAACUUUUCCUGCAAUGUUGGUUUUCAGCUUCUUGGACUGGAGCUGCUUGAAUGCUCAGCUCUAGGAAACUGGACUGAACAACCACCACAUUGUGAAGCUGUCCAGUGUCCUGGUCUAGAAAUACUAGAUAAUGGCAAAGCAAACUGCUCUCAUCCCCAUGGACUCUUUGCCUAUUCUUCCAGCUGUAUUUUCUCCUGCAACUCUGGUUUUGAGUUAGCUGGAUCAGAAAAGCUCAAGUGCACAGAGCAGGGAAAUUGGAAAGGAGAAAUACCCACCUGUGAAGCUGCUCAGUGCUUGACGCUACGCGCUCCAGCGAAUGGCCAGUUAAACUGCUCUCAUCCUUUUGGAACCUUCAGAUACAACUCCAGCUGCAUGUUCUCCUGUGAUACAGGUUUUGUGAGAGUUGGCGCAGAGAUGCUUAAUUGUACGGCCCGAGGAGAGUGGUCAGGACUUGCACCCUCCUGUGAAGCCAUAAAGUGCUCCCAGCUGCAGAAUAUGGAGAGCAUGCAGAUAGACUGCUUCGAUCCCUGGGGUUCCUUCAGCUAUAAGUCAGCCUGUCACUUUCGUUGUGCAGAGGGCUACAUUCUCAAUGGAACAAAUCGUGCAGAGUGCCAACCAAAUGGACAGUGGUCUGAAGACAUGCCUGUUUGUCAAGCAACUGCUGCCCCUUACUUCAAGCAAGUCUUGCUUUAUACUGGUGGUGCUGCAGCAUCAAUUAUUGCCCUUGUGUUCUUUGGUGGUUUGAUAGCUCUGGCAAUCAAGCGCUUCAGCAAAAGAGAGGAAAGAAGAAAACUUCUGAGUAACACCAGUGAUAUAGGAACGCCUGGUGUUUUCCUCAAUGCAGCAUUUGACUCUGUUUCUUAAGGUUCGAUUCAAUGUGAUGAUUUGAACCGUUAGAACCUGAAGUGAUUGGGGCCCACCUAUCUGAAGGACCACCUAUCAUGUGGUGAAUCUAUCUGGAUAUCAGAGUCUUCAAAAUAAUGCUGUCACUUGUGGAUUCCUGCUUGAUGGGCAGAAAGAAGGCUGCUUUAUGAAGGAAAAUGCAGUCCCUCAGAGCUGCAAACAGUUCAGACUCUCACUGCUUUUUGGAAGGAUAUGAAGACCCAUCUCUUCAAUCUCACCUAAUUGUUCUCAUGUUUAUUGACUACUGUGUUGAUUUCAGUGCUUCUAUCUCCCCAUCCAUUGCUUUACAUAAUGUAAUAAAGAAAAAAAAUGAUGUAAGACUGCAUACAAUCUUGUGCUCUUGGGAAUGCAACCCAAAAGCUACAGGAUAUAGUUCCUCUCCAAGAUCUUUGCCAAUGUUUUGUGAUGCUCCAACCUUACGUCCACAACAGCCCUUUCUGUAGCAGAACUCCAACAAUGGAGAUGGACAAACAGGACUGCUGGAAAAGUGGCCAUGGGUGAGGGACGGUGAAGAGAACCUGAAUCUUCUGGAUGCAAAUACUUUUCAGCCCUCAAGGCAAUGCCCAACAUAGAAUUAAAUUCAGACACAUUUCAAAGGGCUUGUUCAAAUGGGCAUUUGUUUGGUAUAUGGCAAGGGCAGAUUGGUUUACUAUUUUUCCCGGUAAACACACAAGAAGCUGACCAAUUUGACCCUAGAGAAUGGGUCAAAUUGGUCACCCACAACCCACACCUUUCUGAGCCCUUCAGGGGUUUCUACUUUUUUGGUGUGGGUUGGUGUGGUCUAGUUUAAAAUCAAGCCUUGCAGAUGCCAAAGCUGUCAGACUUCUUCUGGUUUGAAUUUCCAAUACCAUGGACUAGUUUAAUAAAGUAGCCACUUCAGGAUACUGGCCAACUGAACAUUUCCCAUUCUCCUCUGUAAAGGAGCAGUGGAAGUGAAAUUAUAUAUUUUUGUCACUGUCAGACCAUCAGAGAAUCAGAUUAAAUUGAAACAAAAAGAUUUCUUUGUCUUUUAAUGAAUUUUUGAUUGAAAUUACAGCUAUGGACAGUUUCUCGAUCAGUACCACACACAAGGCAAAUAAAAAGUUAAAAAGUUAAGUUAGUGAUUCAGUGCAUCAGUAAUGGCCUAGCACAGACAAAAAUAAUAAUUUCACUUCUUUGGCCCCUCCACAAAAGAGCAGAGGAACUGUUCAAUUGACAGUCGAGGGGGCUGGAGAGUCACUUGCAGUCAAUAUGCCAUUUGGAUGCAAGGAUAGCACCAAAUAGCACAUUGCUCCUCCCCCCUGACCUCAAGUGUCCCUAUUUAGACUGCACCAAAAGUUCCAGUGUAGAAAUGCAGAGUGUCCAUAACUUCUUUCCUACUCAUUGCUUCCAUUGGGAUGGUUUGGGUUUUCUUCUUGCAAAUGUGAAGAAUAAAUGCCACAAAGAGAAAGGGAGUUAAAUACUAUAUCAGUUCUUUCAAUGCAGCAGCAUUAGUAAGAGUCCAGCAGGGCUUUAGAUAAAGCAGAGCUUUUGAGAAGAGAAAGCCUUGUCUUAUCUUCUUUCUUGCUCCUAGGAUUGCCUCUUAAACCCUUCUGUUGGUCUGUGUGCUUUGUGAUGAAUACUUUUAAUUAAGUAUUUAAUGAACACAGUCACAAAACAGAAAUAUAGGGAUACAAAACAGAAGUAUAACAGUCAACUCAGUGUCUUAAUUUCUAUUGUUCACAAACUACCUUUGUAGUUCUUAUAAUUCCUGUCCACUAGGAAUUCUGUUUAGGAGGUACCAGGCCUGAGUCUGCAGUGUUUACAAUGCUCGUAAAAACAAACCAGUUGCUUAGUUGUUCCUGAUUAUCAGACUGUAAACUGUUAAUUUUUUUGCUAGCAUAUCCAAAACACAUGUGUAGCCUGAAGUCAUUUUCUAGUGUCAUGUUACUUGUUUUCACUGUUGUUAACAUUACUGUCUUUAUGAAAGUAGUUAAAUUGCAAAAUUUAAUAAAGCUGACUGUGGAUUUGGA